CGGCCGCAUUGAUCCAGAGGAGCUAAUAUCUGCCCGAUCCUAUAGGAUCUACAUAGGAUCGAACUGUUGCAACGCAAUAUAUCCCUGCUUAGAUCUGACCGACCCAACUAUAAUUUAAGAGUAUUUUAGUUUUACUACAUGUUUGGGGGUUGGGGUUAUUGGUUCGUUUUGCUUUUGCUCGUUUUUAUUACGUAUUUUGUGUGUUUCUAUCUCGUAUUUCUAAUGCUGCCAACCCCCCUGAGAUCAUUAAAAAAUCUGGGUGUUAAGGCAAGCCUUUCUGAACAUAGAAGAACUUACUUCAGAGAUUAAACUGCCAGGGGUCAUCUGACUUGUACAAACAAAGUUUCUUCUUCGCUCUGAACUCGGGGAAAUAAAAACGAGAGGAGAGGCCUGGCGAGAAACCGCUGCAGGUAGCGAGCCGGGAGGCGGGACCUGUCCUUUUUUUGCAGGGGGAAAGGCGACGCACCUGCCGGAAUGCGCCUUAGGGCGCAGCUGGAGGAAAUGGGAAAGCGCUCCAGCAACAGGUGCCGGGGGAGAUCGAGCCGAGGGAAGAAGGAGUUGCUCGCUCCUUUCCAGAUAAUACUAACAAUAAUAAUACUGUAGUAGUAAAAGGCGCGGCUUCCCUUCCCAAGCGGAAAAGCAAGGCCAACGUCUCCCGGAGUUAGGAGUAGAGGUUGAGGUUCGUUUGCGCAGAGGGAUCCGGCCGGUGGGCGGAGGAGGCGGCGCCAUGGCCUGGAGCUGGCGAUGGCAACACCUAGGGCUCUUUCUCGGCCUCAGCUGCCUCCCGACAGGUUGCUUCUCCCUCCUGGUGACUGUGCCAGUUGCUGAGCGAUAUACAACUUUAUUUGCCUCUGUGACCCUCAGGUGUGACUACAGUACCUCUGCCCAACUGCAGGAUGUGCUAGUUACCUGGCGCUAUAAGUCCUUUUGCAAGGAUCCCAUCCUUGACUACUACAGUGUUGCCUAUCAAGCAGGCCUAGCUCUUGGCCAGGACCCUUCCAACGACUGCAAUGACAAUCAGCGGGAAAUACGCAUUGUUGCUCAGAGAAGAGGGCAAAAUGAACCUGUGCUUGGUGUUGAUUACAGACAGCGGAGGAUAACCAUUCAGAACAGAGCAGAUCUCCUGAUCAAUGAAGUGAUGUGGUGGGACCAUGGAGUCUACUACUGUAAUGUUGAAGCUCCAGGAGAUACAAGCGGUGACUCAGACAUAGAGGUCAAGCUCAUUGUUCUCAAUUGGCUGACUGUCGUCCUUAUUGUCCUUGGCGGCCUCCUCCUCCUCAUGCUGAUAGGGGUGUGCUGGUGCCAGUGCUGCCCUCAGCAUUGCUGCUGCCAUGUGCGCUGUGCCUGCUGCCCAACUCGCUGCUGCUGCAAUGAAAAAGUGCUGGAACGACAUCAGUUUAUGAAACAGGCUCAACAACUUUUCCCAUGGAUGACACACCACUCCCAGUCAUCUUCAUAUCAACUAAACCCGUUGUUACAGAGAGAUGUGUCUCUGCAGAGCAGUCAGCCACGGAUGCCUCCACUUACCCAGUUUCCCUCCAACAAGAUCUUGGAGCAGCUUGAGUCUGAGGUUAGGAACCUCGGCGUUUCCCAGCCCGUGAUACCUCCGCACCGCGUUGAGAGCAGUCGUCACCCUAGCAUCCUCUCCUCUCUGGGCUCAGAGAUCGUGGAACGCAGAGUGAUCCAGCUGCCUCCCAUCAUUGAGCGUAUCCCAUCCUCCCGCAGAACUAGUGGUUCGUCACGACCACGGCGGUCGACAUACGCCUCGCGACCCCGGAGCCAGGCAAGUGACGACGAGAGGGAGAGGAGGAGGAGGCGCUUGUCUUUGGAUGAAGAAGAUGAUUCCUACUCCAGUUACGACCAGGAACUCCGGAGCAGACCUAGAGACCGCAGAGUCGAGAGGCAGAGGGCUGGCAGCCAUUAUGACAGGUCUCGGAGUUCUAGGCCAGACUUAUCUCCCAUUUUGCAUGGUAGGAACAGUUCCGACUCGUAUCCUGAGGAGGAUAGAAGGGAGCAUUCUGCACGGCAUCCCUCUGACAGAAGGUAUUCAGGGCAGCGGGCUUAUCGACCUCUCAGUCAGAGGAGCAGGGACUCCGAUCGCCAGGGCCGCCGCCGCCGCCAUCGCAGCUGUUCUCCACCAUCCCGCCGGGAGUCUUGGAGUUCAUCUGAUGAGUACGAGCGCUUCCAAGGGAACAGCAGGCGGCAUCGCCGCCAGCGCCACUCUCCAGACUGGCCAGAGAAACCCCCUAGUUACCGCUCGGUAGAAAUCGUCCCAGCCAAAGGCGACAAAGCCAGAAGCCUUGCGGAGCAGCAAUCGGAGAAAGGCAGUUCUCGCAGUGGAAGAAGUGUUGUCAUUUAGCAUUUUCUUCCUGCUAUUGUAAAAAAAUGUCUGCAAAUCAAAACAGUCAUUAGCUGUUCAGUGUAGCAGCUACCAAGAGGAAUCUGUUUCAUCUCAACCACCUUCAGCCUGGAUUUCCUCACCUUGGACACUGAAGCAGGAAUGAGAUGGAACUCCUUUUCAACAACAUCUAGUUCCCGACAGUUGGCUUUUAAAAACAUGCUUUGUACAGGAAUAAUUUGUACAAGAAUAAUUGCUAACUGCAUACCCAAUACAUGUUGAAAUUAACUGAUUGCCAAUGGCCUGACUCAGAGCCUGACGAAAGUAGCCUUGGAUUGCAUCAGACUUUGCAGUUUAAUAUUUACAUGAACCAGUUACUGAAUGAACUGUACAAAACAGCUCAGUUACUGAGCAAUGUGAGCAAACAGAAAUUAACCAAUAUAAA